CUCUACACGUCUGUUAGGGAAAACUCUGUCGACCAGAGAGAAAACUACUCCUCACGACGGAUAGCAAUACUUCUUUAUGAGUGGUGAAUUCUGACAAGAGAAUAGUGAUACAAACACAUUCAAAAUGCAACAGGGAUUGAGCCUGCCUCAGUAUGAUCUACAAAAGCUAACUAAAUAAUGGCGACCUUUAAAGAAGUGGCUCGCACAGCUGUCGGUGGAUCAGACGAGGAGCUUCCAACACAAGAGGACGCAGUUGGGGAAGAGCCUUACAGGACACCAGAGAGGAGACAUGUUGAUGUCCUUCUAGAUAUUAGUGAGGAGGACUCCCUGAAAGAACUGGAGCCACAUGAGUAUCACUGUUACUCUGGUUUGGAAGAAGCUGUCCGAGGUUGGGCCAGAGUUGCUCCACUGAGCUGCAUACUUUUGACUCAGAAGAGAUACAGGAAACCAAAGCACAAGGAGGCUGACAACCCAACCACCAUAUCUGUUGACCCAACACUCCUUAAUGCAGACAGCUCAGCCAGCUGUGAGUCGCAUGCAGGCUCUCAUAACAACUUAAAGAAAUCCAUGCCAUUAAAUCAGCAGGUGGGAUCUUGGAGUAACACUCCUGUGGCAGCCCUGCAGCCAGAUGCCUCAGAAUGGCCUGUCCUCAGUGCCAUGCAGAAAACUACGUCACACCUCUUACUCGAAGAAAAGAUGGAGGCGGAAGGGAUGCUCAGAGGGACUCCUGUGCAGCCUCAGCAUCUGUCUUUAAAAUACUCUGUGUCAGAGAAUAAGCCCACUAAGCCUCAGAGAGUCAGCCACAGCCACAAGUCCAAUAAUACAGUUGUUCCCAUUAAAAACUUCACAUUUUUACCACCAAUCAAGUCACCACACCUGAAUCCCAAGGUCGGUGGCCAACUCUGCAGUGGGAGGAAGGCUUCAGAGGGAGAAACCUUAGAGGAAAACUGUUUCAUGUUUGAUAAUAAGAGUGAGACAAGAGGAACAAGAGUGGACCCUGCUGUUAAUACAGAGCUUCCCAAUUACUCCGCAGCUCUGACCUCCAAGUACCGGACAUGUCAACAUAACCCCCACUUGUUCUCUGCUGUAAGUGUUUCUGUCUCCAAGAGGUAUCAGGUACCUGUUUCUUCGAGACCUGACACAGUGCACCACAGGAGAUACUCAAUGGGCAAGAGCCUCACACAGGCCCUCCACACCAGCACUGCAGCAGGUGCACAAGCCCAUAUGCACCCCAGCUGCCUGUUUUCUUAAUACUGUAUGCUGUCACUCUGUGUGAGGCCUGUGAAAUUAGUAUUCAGUAUUUUACAGCUUUAAACUCUCAGGUUCAACAAAGUAAAAUCUGUUUUACCAAUGCAUCAUAUGGUAUUUCCAUUACAAUAGUCAGCUGGAAGAAUUAAAUCAAUGUAUGAAACGUGUUCAUAAAAGUAACUCAUUGCAGAGGUAAUUCAUUUAGUGUUAAGAGUUCAGUCAGUCCUCUUUGGCACAUGUCAGACCAUACUUACAAUAACAAUAAUUGUCAAUGUUGAAAUGUUACGCUCCAUAUGUCAUUUGGGCCUUUAUUUUGUUCUGACUAGUUCCCACAAGUGUUUUUUCAGCUGUUCUAGUUACCUAGCAACGGUGCAACUACCUCAUAAGAAGCCUGGCUAUGUGCCUGCCAGGCACAUGUUCUGCUUUUUAAACUACAACCUACACUAAAGCUCUGUCAGAACUUUAGUAUCGCAUUGUAGUUUCUGUCUAUGCAUGAUAUAAGCUGUGGCCAAACUACUGCAUCUGCUCAGUGCACCUUCAGUUUUAUAUCGGAAGGUAUAAGUGUUUCCUGGUGGCUAUGGAUGGGGUCUGGGUUGUACAGUGUACAAGGGUUAUCAGUGCAAUAUUAUGCCGAGAUCCCUGAAUAUACUGCAUGGCAUGUUGGUCUCCUAAGACCAGCCACAUCCUGCAAUACUUUUUAAACUUGGAUGAUUGUUACUUAUUACACUACCUCUUUAGGGUUUAGCUGCCUUGUAAAAUAAAAGAAUAAUAUAGUGGAAUUGUUCUAUAAUCAAAAGAGCUGCAGUGUUAACCUAAUCAAAUCAAAUGUUUGUCUUACCUGAAUGUGCACAUAAAAUAAAAUGGUUACUUAGAACUGAUUUGUAAAGGGUUGUUAUAUUUGGCACAAACCUCAAUUCAGCGUGUCUGUAUGUGUCUAUAUAACAGCAUCAAAGUAAAAAGAUGAAAUACACAAUACUAUGAAGUUUUAUUUUGUUCUAUAAUAAGUAUGAGAAAGGGUCAACCUACUGAAAUCUAUCAUGGUGCUCCUUUAAGCUUGUAGUUUUGCACAGAAGAACAAAAUACAUUGCACACUGAAGAAGGAAUCAUCAAAAUCUGUGCAUUUUAUAUCCCCAUGCCAAACGUGGUUGAUGUGUGAAACCCAAAAGGACUCCAUGUUGCCCUCCAUCUCCUCCUACCGCUGUACCAAUGUACUGUUCAACCCAUCCUGAUCUACUGCUCCAACCAUUUCUUCAACAUGCUCUCUCUCGCAAACUGGGCCAAACUCACACACAUAACCCAGACUGCUGCCAGGAUAAUAGGUCUUCCCACAUCCAACCUCACAGAGCUUAAUUCUGGGGCCAUCACAUGUAUUGCAAAUACAAUAGCACAGGACAUCACACAGGCCCACUCAACCACUAUGUCACUGUACUGCCCUCUGGGCACAGAUACAUGUCCCUGGGGUGCAGAAGGCCUUGCUUUGACAAAAGCCUGGUACCUGCAGCAAUAGCUGCCCUAAACUGUUCCAUUCUGAAUGGGUUUGGUACUACAUGUCUUGUUCUCAUGUUGUUUUGCCUGUCGCUGUUGUGUUGUACUUCACAUAUUUCUUCCUGUCAUUAUUGUAUGAUGUUGUGUGUAAAGUGUAAUGCUGAUUUUCCCUGUGAUGUACAGUGCUGUGAAAAAGAAUUUCCUACCAGGGACAAUAGAGUCUAACUAACUAAAUAACCUUUUUUACAUUUUGUAGACACUGAUUGUGGCAACAUGUACCCCAGUU